CUUUUAGCUUCCUCUCCAUCCAAUCCAAUUCUCUGGCACCAACAAACCCAAGAAGAAUAUAAGCAAGAAUAUCCCCCGUAUAGCGUCUGGAUGCGCAGAAUGAUUUCUUGAACGAGAUUCACACGAACAGCGAUUCCGAGGAGGGUUUGUGAGGAAUCUUUUCUUUUUUCUUUUUGAUAAAAAAGAUUUGAUUUUUGUUGCGUAUCUUUUUGCUGCCGCUGUUGUUUUGAGAGGCGGGUAAAAUCCCGGGUGAAAGACGUUGCAGAAAUCACGGCUAUACACGGAGUACGCCGGCGGGGAACCCUUCUUCAUGGCCUCCGGGCGCUACGAUGCAAGGGUUGUCUGAGUGAUUCCAACACACCUUCACCGCACGGUGGCCGCGGUGCUCUCCCCUCCGAAGGCGGAAGCCCUUCUGACCUCCUCUUCCUUGCCGGCGGCGGGUUUUCCUUUCUCCCCAUCUGUUAGAUUAGCCUGUAGAUCGUUCUUCUCGUUUCAAUUCCUGCUUUUCUUGUUGCCCAAUUCAUUCGAUCUGUAAAAACAAAAUCUAUUCUCAAAUCCUACCGAACAAAAAAAGUCUCUUUCUUCUUCCAUAAUGAUGCUGAAGAUUAAGAGGGUUCCUACGAUUGUUUCCAAUCUCCAAAAGGAAGACGGCGAGGAUGGUUCUGUUCGUGCUCCUGGAUGCGGUAGGAAUUGCCUCCGCCCUUGCUGCCUUCCAGGUUCGAAACUUCCAUUGUAUGCUUUCAAGAAGUUGAACCAUUGCAAGACUGCCGAGGAAGAUGUAGAGGAGCCACCCGUUGCUUUCUUGGAUUCCCUUCUUCUAGGGGAGUGGGAGGACCGUAUGCAGAGAGGACUCUUUCGUUAUGAUGUUACUGCAUGUGAAACUAAGGUGAUACCUGGGGGAUCUGGCUUUAUAGCACAGCUUAAUGAGGGGAGGCACCUUAAGAAAAGGCCAACCGAGUUUCGAGUUGAUCAGUUGCUGCAACCCUUUGAUGGAAACAAGUUCAAUUUCACUAAGGUUGGUCAGGAGGAGUUGCUAUUCCAGUUUGAAGCCAGUGAUGAUGGGACCCAGUUCUUCCCUGAUGCCUCAAUUGAUGCUGAGAGCUCUCCGAGUGUUGUUGCUAUUAAUGUUAGCCCUAUAGAAUAUGGCCACGUCCUGUUGAUUCCUAAGGUUCUGGACUGCUUCCCGCAGAGGAUUGACAGAGACAGCUUCUUGCUUGCACUUCACAUGGCUGCGGAAGCUUCUAAUCCGUACUUCAGAGUGGGCUAUAACAGCUUGGGUGCAUUCGCCACCAUCAAUCACCUCCACUUCCAGGCCUACUAUUUGGCUGUGCCCUUUCCCAUUGAGAAGGCCCCUACGAGGAUAGUAACCACUGCUGCUGCUGCUGGGAAUGUGAAGAUCUGUGAGAUUCUGAAUUAUCCCGUGAGAGGUCUAGUCUUUGAUGGAGCAAGUUCCCUGGAUGAGAUGGCCAAUGUCGUCUCGAGUUCUUGCAUAUGCCUCCAAGAAAGCAACAUUCCUUUUAAUGUCCUUAUAUCCGAUAUGGGAAAACGAGUUUUCCUCCUUCCUCAGUGCUAUGCAGAGAAACAAGCACUUGGGGAGGUGAGUGCUGAGUUGCUCGACACACAAGUGAACCCGGCUGUUUGGGAGAUCAGUGGCCACAUUGUACUGAAGAGGAAGGAGGACUUUGAGGGUGCAUCAGAAGCAAAUGCCUGGAAACUACUUGCAGAGGUCUCUCUCUCAGAGGAGAGGUUCCGAGAAGUGACUUCCCUUGUCUUUGAAGCCAUCGGCGUUGCAGAGGAUAAAGUGCACGGCGGCUUUCCCCUCUCCAAGAAGCCGCCGCCGCCAGACGUUGAGACUCAGCACAUGGAAGAUGAGAUGGAUUCCCUAGUUGGUGCCCAUCCUGCUAUGGUUCCUGUGUAGGGUUUCUCCUUUUUUUUCUUCUUUCUUUGGUGCAUAGGGAUUUUCUUGUUUGUUUGCUCUGUCAUUGCAAAUGUUUUGUUUUUCUCUGUGAACUUGUGUGUGCAUGGCUUUCCCCAUGUUGAAUGGUUUGAAUAAGGCAAGCCAUGAUUUUUUUUUUAAAAAAAUAUAUUUAUUUUGUUAUAAUUUUGUGAAAUAUUGCGUAUUAAAGUGUGUGCUUUCCUUACCAUGUUGUCAUGGUUGGUAUGUGAUUGAAGAGGGAGUUGGCUAACAAUUGUUCAUGUCAGUGGGUUUGAAUAAUGGAUAUUAGUUAAU